UCGCCAGGGCUUCAGCUUGCUGCAGCCGCCACCGGCAGAGAUGGUCGCGCUCCUGUUGCUGCUCCUCCUUGUCCCCUUGCUCCUGUUCUUGGCGGCGCCCCAUAUCAGAAAAAUGCUAUCCAGUGGGGUGUGUACGUCAACCGUCCAGCUUCCCGGGAAGGUGGUGGUGGUCACCGGAGCUAACACGGGCAUCGGCAAGGAGACAGCCAAAGAGCUGGCUCAGAGAGGAGCCCGCGUGUACCUAGCUUGCCGGGAUGUGCAGAAGGGGGAAUUGGUGGCCAGAGAAAUCCAGAGCACCACAGGGAACCAGCAGGUGCUGGUGCGGAAACUGGACCUGGCCGACACCAAGUCUAUCCGAGCCUUUGCUGAGGACUUCUUAGCAGAAGAGAAGCAGCUCCACAUUUUGAUCAACAAUGCAGGAGUGAUGAUGUGUCCCUACUCCAAGACAGCAGAUGGCUUUGAGAUGCACAUGGGCGUCAACCACUUGGGUCACUUCCUCCUGACCCAUCUGCUGUUAGCAAAGCUAAAGGAAUCAGCCCCAUCAAGGGUCAUAAAUGUGUCUUCCUUGGCACAUCACCUGGGAAGGAUCUACUUCCAUAACCUGCAGGGCGAGAAGUUCUACAACGCGGGUCUGGCCUACUGCCACAGCAAGUUGGCCAACAUUCUCUUCACCCGGGAGCUGGCCCGGAGGCUGAAAGGCUCUGGCGUGACGGCGUACUCUGUGCACCCGGGCACGGUCAACUCGGAGCUGGUCCGGCACUCGGCUCUCAUGAGAUGGAUGUGGCGGCUUUUCUCCUUCUUCAUCAAGACUCCCCAGCAGGGGGCGCAGACCAGCCUGUACUGCGCCUUGACCGAAGGGCUGGAGAGUCUCAGCGGGAACCACUUCAGCGACUGCCAUCUGGCGUGGGUCUCUGCCCAGGCUCGGAACGAGACGAUAGCAAGGCGGCUGUGGGAUGUCAGCUGUGACCUGCUGGGCCUCCCCACGGACUGACAGGUAGGGCAUUUGGACCCAAAAGAAGACUGCUGGAGACUGUGCAGUACUCCCUGCCAAAAUGAUUCUCCUUCAAGGUGACCAAGGCCUUGAACACGGAGAGAGCAAAGCUUUUCCAGCCUUCCCUGCUUGGCCUCCGGUUACACCCCAUCCACUGCCGCAUUUGCCUAAACACCUUUCAUGGCCUGGACUGACUCGGCUAGCAGAGUUGCUGGCUGUAUCACAGGACGUGAGGACCCUUACGUGACCUGCCCUGGAGCUGCUCCUACCCCGGGGAAGCUAAGCUACUUGUUUUUUUUUCACUCUGCUCGCUCACAGCGUCCUUCCUCCCAUUCCACCGGAUCCCCGCGAAGAGAGGGCCACGCCACAGCCUCUGCCCAACACCAUGGCUGCAGUGCCAUGUGCAGAGCGUGGCUCGUCCCUCGUCUCGUCACCUGUCAGGGCGCCAGCAUCUGGAUUCUUGGAGGACUGUGGCACGACCUUCUCUGUGACAGCCCAAAGCCUGUGCCGUUAGAGGACCCUUCCCCGUCUGGACUGCGGAGGGGCUUCCUCUGCUAAGACGUGUAUGGGGCUUGGGAAGGCAGAAAUAAAAAAAAGAUAUAUCAAGCUCAGGCUCAUUUUCCUGCUGUUUCUCAGAUCAAUUCAGAGGCCGUGAACUCUGAGAAGGCAGGCCACUUCCGAGGCUGCUGCAGGCCCACGGAGGCCUCCCUUUCGUGCCGUAGUUUCUCUUAGAAGACCAGACAAAGAAAGGACAGGCUUUUUUGGUCACUGUCAUUGUGUGUAUCUUCUGCAUGUUUCCUUGUGUUUUUACCUAAUUGGUAGUGUUUGCAGGAAAUUCAAACUGCCACAAAGAACAGCAUGAAAGCAGGCCGUGCUUCAGGUAUUUGAUCAGGGAUGGAGCAAACCAGUCUUUGAUGUCAGUGAAUGGAGCCGCAGAGGGAGGCAGACUCCGUGCUCACAGAUGUUGGUGACCACUCACCAAGAAGCGCAUGCCCUGUGGGGAGGACACCCUCAAACCCGCAUCUGGGGAAUGAUGCAUGAAAUGCGGGGGUCGGGUAAGGACUGAAAUGAAUGGAAGGCAGACAGCACCGGGGCUGGCAGGACUGAUGAGGCACUGUGUUAAAAACACCAGUCCAUCAGUGUGGUAUCUUAAAACCUCCGACUGGUAAUUCCAGCCGGUCUAGCAGCCUUCCAGGGCAUUUCCUUAUGGUAUCUGGACAAGAUUUAAAUGAUUAUGUGCUUACAUUCUGUGUUUUAUUUGGAGAACUUUUACCAAAAGUAAUACUACAGAGCCUGCACUGUGGCCUAGGAGGUUAAGCCCCACCCCCUCCCCCUGCAGUGCCAGCAUCCCUGUGGGUGCCAGUCCACUUCCAAUCCAGCUCCCUGCUAUGGCCCGGGAAAGCAGUGGAAGAUGGUCCUAGUGCUUGGACCUCUGUACCCAUGUGGGAAACCUGGAGGAGGCUGCUGGCUCCUAGCUUUGGCUGGCUCAGCCCUGGCCAUUGGGGCCAUUUGGGGAGUGAACCAGUGGAUGGAAGACCUCUCUCUUUCUCUCUCUAUAUCUCUGCCUUUCAAAUAAAUAAAUAUUUUUUAGAAUGAUGCUGCUCAAGGAAGUCUAAAGAAUUGGUGACAUUGCCAUCUCCUGCUUGGAGUAUGUUAUUCUAACAGAGUUUGUGAUUUUCUUGGACUGAGAAUUUUAACCUUGGUAGGGCAAAGAGUCCUAAGACUACCGUCUUCACGUCUGUCUGUAAGUAAAUAUAAAUCUUCGGUUGCACUUGUUUUGACCGCUAAACUUGUAUAUAUUUAGAAAUGGUCAUUUUAUAGGAAAAAUUGGCAAACUUUUGAUAAUACGGUAGAACAGAUGAAUUAAUAGUUUACUUAAUUUAUAUUGAACA